AUGCGGCUAAGAAGUAAAAAGCGGGAGCGACGGCUCUCAAAAAGAAUAUCACAGAAAGUGUUGAAAAUCAAAGAGAAAACCCAGAUUUUGGUUAAAAAAACCAAUUGGAAGAAAACUUUAAAGGAUGAUAUAUUAUCAUCUGAACUACACUAUACAAGAUCGCAUAAAACAUUAGGGCUACGUAAGUCAAUCGUGAAAAUGGAGAAAGUAAAAAAGGAUGAAAUUAAAAAGCCAAUUUUCCAAACUGUUGUUCGGAACCCAGUGAAAGAAACAGUUACAUCUUCCACAUCUGUCAAAGUAAAAGAAAAACCGGCAAAACCAAAGUUGAAAGAUGUAAGGAUGACAAGAAGCGUUCAGCUCAGGCAGAGCUCAUUAAACCGUGAGCGCAAGCCAGAAUCUAUGUCCUCAGCCUUAAGCUCACCCCGUAAAACAAGACGUAUGGACAAAACAGAGAAGUCAGCUUCAUUAAACAGCUCACCUAUCCGCAAAGUCAGACAAAUGGGAACACCAGCUCCCCGUCUAAACAAAAUAGUAAUUUCAUCCACAAAUGAAAGCCCCAAGAAGAAGGUGAAACCAGACCCAGAACCAAGUUUGGAGGACAAUGAUAUCACUAUGUAUGAACCUCACACAACAACUUCCGAAUUAAAAACUGACGAGUCAGAUUCUGAAACACAAGUUGAGUCAUCGGAACUCUGCCUUCCCAGUGAUUGUUUGAAUGAUUUUAUGACUUUAGAGUGUGUGUUGAGUGAAGAUAUCUCCACGGAUCAUGAUAUUAAUUUAUUGGCUGAUAGAGCAGCUAGAAUUAUGACUACAGAAAAAAUUGAGAAACUGCACAAUCCAAAUGAUCUUGAAAUGUAUCAGCCGACAUCGACAACUGACGAUUUAGAUGCAUGCACAGACUUUCUGAGUACCGAUGAAAAAUAUAUUCAGCCGGACUUCGUGACAAUGCUGGAGCAGGGGUCCUACAUCCGGGACUCGGAGUGUGAGAUUUCGUCCACCUGUGAACAAGGCGCAAUUGAGAGUCUCGAAGCCCUAUCAGCUAGGAACCCUAACACGCACUUUUUGGCUGAAAUAAGCCAAAGUUUGGUCACCGAGGCCAAUGGAUGGAGCCCAGACAUUGUCUCUGAUGAGAACUCCUUGACGUGUCAUGAUGAAGUACCACCAGACAUAGAGGAUGAAGGAGAUGUUAUAUCUUCGUGCAGCACAAGAGUGGAUUGCGAGCAAAUGCCAUCAUGGGCUGAGGCGUUCGACCCGUAUUUGUAUAUAAAGCAGCUGCCUCCCUUAGAAACUGUAGCAACGGGGGCCCUUCGAGCCAGAUAUCCAGCUUUACCCCUCAAAACCAGAACCAGUCCAGAUUUUAGCCUGGUCCUGGACUUGGAUGAGACAUUGGUGCAUUGUUCACUUCAAGAGCUUCCUGAUGCGAGCUUCCAUUUCCCAGUUCUGUUCCAAGAUUGUCGAUACACGGUUUUCGUAAGAACGCGACCCCAUUUCGCCCAAUUUCUAUCUCGCGUUUCGAGGUUGUAUGAAGUAAUACUGUUCACCGCCAGCAAGAGGGUGUAUGCUGAUAGAUUGCUGAAUUUGUUGGAUCCGCAACGACGAUGGAUUAAAUACAGAUUGUUCCGAGAGCAUUGUCUUCUCGUCAAUGGGAAUUACGUGAAGGAUCUAUCGAUCUUAGGAAGAGAUCUGCGCAAGACUGUCAUCGUUGAUAACAGUCCACAGGCCUUCGGCUACCAAUUGGAGAAUGGUAUCCCCAUAGACAGCUGGUUCGUGGACAAGAGCGACAAGGAAUUACUCAAGCUGAUACCAUUUUUGGAACAUCUUGCUACUAAAGAUGAUGUCCGACCAUACAUACGCGACAAAUAUAAGCUGUUCAGUUAUCUACCACCCGACUAA